UAAAAAUACCCUAGCUAGGUGCUAGCGCAUGGCUGUGUUUAAAAACAUUCAUUAGAAGAUAGAAAAUGAUGAUGAGAGAAAAAACUUGAUGGCAGUCAAAACAGUUCUUCUAUUGAAGAGAGAAAGGAUGGAAGGAUUAUGCUAAUUAAAACAGCUGGAUGCUAUUUGUUACAAAAAGUAAAAUUCAAAGGUCAUAUCUGUGUGUAAUCAUUCAACCUAUAUAUCAUAUGACCAUUGUUGUCAGACUAUUGUUCCUAUAGUGACACUAUAUCAUGUGAUGUGUGACUGCAAUUUGAGCAUACUACCUCUGUACCAAAAUAUAAGACGUUUUUGCAAUUCCACUUAAACCGCAAACACGUCUUAUAUUUUGGUAAGGAGGGAGUACUCAUCAAUGUUACAACUGUAAUUAUCCGAAAGUGCAUGCUUAAUAGUGUAGCAUCUUGGGUAUUCCUGGAGCAAAAUAGAAGCAAUGGAUAAAGAAACACAUAUGAUAUACAUCUCCUUCCGAAGGUAAUAAGGAUUGAAUGAAACCAAAGUCACUUGUCAGCCAAGUAAUCAACAAGUUUGUCACACAAAUGGGACCACAUAUACAGCAAAAUUGUAACGGUGGACAACGAAUGAAUUAACAAUGUAUCCUUCCAAAAGCUCAAACAUGAAAUGAGAAAUCGUGAUGAAGGAUCUGCAUGCAGCUAGCCUGCUAAAGAAGUAGAGGAAGGGGUAGGACAGAAAAGAGAAGGAAGAAGCUGGGUAAGCGGUUGAUGCUAUCUCCUUACAAAGAACAAAAUCACUUGUCAGCCAAGUAAUCGAGUUGCCGACAAAUUUAUCACACCGAAGGGACCAUAGCAAAGAAAAACCAAUUGACGAUGUAUCCUUCCACAACAACAAAGCUGGAAUGAGAAAUCGUGAUGAAGGAUCUGAGUGCAGCCUGCUGAAAAGCAGAGAAAGGACAGAAAAGAAAAGGAAGAAGCUGGGCAAUGGGUUGAUGCUCUGCCAGAAGGUAGCGGGCACGAUAGGGAAAUCGCUUUGCCCAGGCCCCCAACCCUGCUACGUUCAUCAUGAAGCCUCUGCAGCCUUCAUGCUAAAGAAGGAAAGAAGGUAGAGAAAAGGAAAAGAAGAAUACAAGCACAAAUCCUUUUGCUAGCAGCCCACGGCACACACAGAUAGGCGUUUGCAUUGCAUCACAUUGCAUGCAAGGCCAGACCACACAGACGCAUGCAUCCAUUCCAUACUAGGUGCUAGCCUAUCCUGAUUCUGCUAAACCGAUCGAUCAAACUCCUGAGACACCAUCACACACACCAGGCCGGCGGCGGCGGUGGAGGAGGAGGAGGAGGCGGGAUAUAAUCCAUGGCCGAGCUCGCGAGCGCCGUGAGCACGUUGCUGGGUGUAAUCAGCCACGAGGCGCAGAGGCUCGGCCGCGUCCGACGCGACGUGCAGUUCAUCCAGGAGGAGAUCGAGAGCAUGAGCAGCUUCCUGGCCGACCUGUCUAGGAUGAGCCGCGAGCAUGAUGAGCGGGUCCGCACCUGGAUGAACCAGGUCCGGAUCCUCGCCGACGACUGCAAGAAACAUAUCGACCUCUACCUCUACCGCGGCGACCCCAGAUUCCACCUACCCAGGGGAGGCCCCCGCCGCUACCUCUUGUGGGCUCCCUGGCUGCUGCGCAAGCUGCUUGCACAGCACCGUGCAGCAGGCCAGCUAAGGGAGCUCAAAGACCGGGCCCAGGACAUUGGCAACCGCCGAUUGAGGUAUGGCGUCGAGAUCAAAAUGUUAGAGUCAUCAACAUCUUCCAGGGAUGUGCUCGCUGAGCCAUUGUUGUUGCCGGGCACACACAACCGUGAAGAAGAAGAACAUGACAAUAACCAAGAUGGGGACGGUCGACUCAAGGUGGCUUUGUCCAUGACUAGUAUGAAAAUGGACAAGGAAGACUACAUUAGGAGGAAGCUAGAUCACUGGAUCGGAUCAGUGAUGCAGGCAGGGGCAGCGGAGAAAGACAUAGAAUUGAGGGCGGCGGGAUCAACAAAAACAUUACCAUCCAUCGCCUUUGUGGUAACAGAGACCGAGGACGCCGAUGCUCUUGGGCGUGAAACCCUCUCUGUGGCGAAAACCCAUUUCAAGUGGGCAGAGAAAGCCCAUGCCCUUGCGCAUGAAGACAAGGCUGUGCCACCGGAGACCAAGGAUGCCUACCCUCUUGCGCACGAAGAUAAGGCUGUGCCACCGGAGGCCAAGGAUGCGAACGCUCUUGCGCAUGAAGAGAAGGCAAUGCCGCCUGAGAUAAAGGACACCGGUGCCCCUGCGGAUGAAGAUAAGACAAUGCCGCUGGAGACCAAGGACACCGACACCCUUGCACUCGACGAUAAGCCCAUGCCACCGGAGGGCAAGGACGCCGGUGUUACUCUUGCACACCAAACUCCAUCUGUCCUCUUGGUCGACGUCUCUGGGAUGCACUACGAUUUUGUACCGCUACAACCUCUGAAGAUUCUAUGCUACAUCCUUCAUGAGCUCAACCAGCAGCAAGGCAUAGGUCCUCCUACUAACAGAACAAGACGAGGUGUUUACAGGUACACAAAUGCCAUGAUUGGUGAAAUCAAGCGCAAGAUACAUGAAAUGGAUGUCGACUACACGAUUAAUGACAUUCAAAUCAACAAUCCUGAAGAUGGUGCACGAUGGUUACAGUACCUGGAACAAUUGCACGAGGGAGGAGAGGAUUUGGAAAAAUAUAUCGCCUCCUAUGUGCCAUUGAAGGGACUACUCUGGUUGCUCAUCUACUACUCAAUUACUUCUGCAGCUGAUAUAAAAGACAAACAGAACAAAGCCAUGGUAGCAGAAUCGUACCAUGCCAUCAUCAAGCAAACAGCCAAGAAGCUUAAAAGGGAAAUAGAAGCAGGCGGCUCAAACUCAAAGCAGCUGGAGGAUCGCGAAUAUGAAGACAUCUUGUGGAGGGUGUUUCCAAGGGCAACCAGCACCACCGCCGCUACCAAUAUUAGUCCUGGCACAUUGGUCAUGACAGGUGAACCAGAUCCUCAAACCCAGGAAGCUGAUUUUCUCGAAACCACAAAGAUGAAGAAGGAAGAAAUCGGAACGGAUAUUAAAAAGCAGCUCAAGAUAAAAAUGAUUGUGCAGAUGAUUCAAGAAUGUUUGAGAGGUGAUGAAAGGAUCCUGGUCAUCCUCAAAGUUCAUGACAAGUAUGUACCCAAAUGGGAGGAGACCAGAAAAACUUUGAGCCUGUUGAGGUGUCCCAUCCCCAUCGCUGGUGCUGUGAUUGUGGCAACAAAAACCACUGAACAGUAUGAGCAAUAUUUUCGUUGUCCAGAGCUAGAGCAUAUAGAAUAUUCUCUUGUUGGCCUCUACCUUGAUAUGGUGCUCCAGCUAACAAGCCAGCAUAUGAAUGAUCAACACAGCCGCCAGGUUCUUCACGACAUCUUGUGUGAGUGCGAGCCACAUGAAUUCUGCAUGAAGAUCUUUGCUCAUGCAUUGUACGCCAAACCAAAGAGGAGCAGUGAAGAGCUGAACAAGUUGCACAACGCCUUGCGUGUCAGUGCCACACAAAAAUCAUUGCCCAGUAUGAUGUUCAAGUUCUCAUGCAGGGAUCUGCCUAAAGAGUACAUGUCUUGUUUGUUGUACCUCGCUAUCUUCCCUCAGGGACAAACCAUCAAGCGGUCAACCUUGAUAGGACGAUGGGUUGCAGAGAGGCUGAUAACCACCAAAGAAUGGCGCUGGUCCUCUUCAGUGGAUGAAGCCGAGAAAUGUUUUGAUACGCUCGUCGCCCGGUGCUUUGUUUGUCCUGCUGGCAUUGGUGCUACUGGAAAAGUCAAGAGCUGCACAGUGCAUAAGCUAGUUUAUGGAUUCAUUACUAAGAUUGCCAUGCAGCAUCGCAUUCUGGAGACACAGCUGUCACGUCACUUGGCUCGUCACUUCUCCAUAUUCAGCGAUGUCCGCCUCCGCAGCUCUGAAACAAUAGAGAAUUUCUUUCAAAAGUCAUCUCAAUUCUACAAGCUCAAGGUGCUAGAUCUAGAGGGCUAUGAAGGCUUCCCAUGGAACGAACACUACCUAAGUGACAUAUGCAGGAAGAUACUAAUGCUCAAGUAUCUCAGCCUAAGGGGAACGGGCGUUACCAGGCUGCCCAGUGAAAUCAACAAUCUUCUUGAGCUGGAGGUAUUGGAUAUCCGGGAGACCAACAUUCCUGCAUCUGCAACAAGAAAUGUCCUGCUCCAAAAGUUGAAACGUCUGUUGGCUGGCCAUGUUGAUUCAAGUCCUGCCAACUUUUCCAGUGUCCAGAUCCCUGAGAAGAUUUUUAAAAUGGAGGGUGUGGAGGUACUGUCCAAUGUCAAGCCGAAGAAUCGUCGGGACUUGAGAGACAUUGGAGUUCUGAAUGAGCUGAAGAAGCUCGGUGUGGCUAUCAACGAGAGUGACCUCGAGCCGUUGCUUAAUACAAUCAGUGACCUCCUACACCAGUCCCUCCGUUUUCUGUCAAUUACUCUUGACAUAACUAUAUACAAGGACCCUCCAUCAAAGCUGAGACUGGAACAAAACUUCCCCGAUGUUCUUGAAAGACUAAGUAUAAAUGAAAGCACUAGCACACAAAAAGGGCAGCUUUUUAAGAUAUUGGUAGGAAAUGGAAAUCAUUCAAAUCAACUUGCUAAGGUAACUCUGACUGGUACUUUCCUGAGCCGGGAAGAUCUGAAGAUUCUUGCCAAGCUUGAGAACUUACAGUGUGUCAAGCUUCGACACAAUAAGUACGAUGAGAGCAAGCUCACUUUCAACAAGGGUGAAUUCAAAAAUCUCAUUAGUUUUCUUGUUGAGGGAAAAAACAUGACUGAAAUCAUUUUUGAUAAGGGAGCUGCUAGGAACCUGGUGAAGAUCGUUUUGUCCUCCACCAACAUGGUCUCUAUCAGUGGAGUCGGCUGGCUUAAAAAAUUGGAGGAGCUCGAACUGAACAACAUCGAGGACAAGUACAUGUUGCAUUCUUUGCUUGUCAAUGCCAAACACAUAACCAGGUUAACUCUUCGUGAUACAUUGCUGGAACAAGGUGAUCUGAAAAUCCUCGCCUGCGAACGAAAGAUAUGCUACCUAGCGCUCUUGGGGAAGUUUUGUAAUGGCAAUCACCUUGUCUUCAAGGAAUGUGACUUCCAUAAGCUCAACAUUCUUAUUGUUGACUCUGAUGACAUCACCGAGAUAAGCUUCACCAACAGCUGUCCUAAUCUUGAGAAGAUGGUCUGGUCAUUCAGAAAAAUUGUUUCUCUGUCCGGAAUUGACAAACUUCCUGCAUUAGAGGAGCUGGAGUUGAAGGGUGACAGUGUCCCUAAUAAGGUGGAAGAAGACAUUAAAAAACUAGAGAGUAGGCUUGACUACAAACACAGGGAUAAGCCAAAAAUAAGAAGAGAAUAAAAGAGAACCGGAUGGCACUGCAAGAUGCCCAUCCUUGUGGAAGGUGAAGGAUUGAUGCUGGAGGAACUGAAGGCUUUCCCGUUACCUCUUCCAUUCAUCACCAAUUCCUGCCAUGGUAUGUAUUUGUGUGUGCCCAUGUGGUUUGCCAUUGUGUGUUUCUGUCUACUGAGUGUGCAUUUGUGUUCUGCUUGUGCCGAGUGAUUUGAGUGGUGUGGGUGUGAGUCCAGUUACUUGUUCGGCCUGUGUGCCUUGUGAUUGUGGUUGAGCAUAGUGGUUGUGCGUAUGCUCACGGAUCUGGAUGCGUUUGGCUUUCCUCUCGACAAUAUGGUUCCAUGUAAUAAGUGCAAUGCUUGUACUCGCACAUUUGACUUGUUAUUAAUAUAUACUGUUGUGUGCUAUAUCAUGUGCUUUGGCUGGAUUCUCCAAUGAUGAACUGGUGUAUGACAUAACAUAAUAACGCAGCUACCAGCCGUAAUAUCAAAAGCAGUUAGUUAUAGCCCUUGAAGCAGAGUUUUAAUGCAGAUCAGAGGUUUCUCAGAUAUUUGUCCAUCUUCUCCCUAGCUAGUGCGGUAGUUCAACCGCACAUGGUUUCAUGCAAGUCAUCACUGAUCUAAUGACAAACAAAAUAGCAAGGUCGGUAAAGUCAUUGGCCAAAUAAACAGAAGUUUCAUAGACUAAGCUUCACUAGAGUCCUCUUGACAGAUUUCACUAACAGGCUCACAAAUGACCAUAUGUUCAGUGCGCAAAAAUUCCAUAAAGCUGUUGAUAGA